AUGAUAUUGAGGAAGAUCAUCAAUGCUCGAAAUAAGAGCAUUGUAAGAUAUUAUCUGAAUGUUUUCCCCGACAUCGCUUCACAAGAAAAUGGUUAUGAAACAGCUAAGAACAUCUCAGAGGUUGAGCUGCAGAGGUACAAACGAAGGCUCGAUGAAUUGGAAAGCAAUAGAGAGACAGCUAAAAGUUAUCUAAAGCAUCAUAAGAAGGUUCUAGAAAUAGCUAAUAGUCGUGACAAUCUAACUUCAUUACUUAAGCGAACAAGCAAUCAUCGAUCCUUACUGAACCCGGUAUUAUUGUCAUCACAUGAAGAACUAGUAGAUACCUGCGGUGGGAGCCUCUCUUAUGCUGAACCAGAAAUCAAAAGUACAAUCAUGCUAGUGUGUCAUUCAUUACUUGAAGCGCUCUUGGUGGAACAUAGAUUGCAUGCAGAAGAUUUUUCCAGAUUUGAAUCCUUGGUCAAUCAAGUAAAGAAGUCUGAUUGGUUUAAUUCUUUGCCUGAAUAUAGGGUCAAUUUUACUUAUUACAAAUCGGGUCAAUACUUGAACUAUUGGGAGUCAGAUGUGACUCCAAGUACUGCUAAUUAUGAUUAUAUUCGGUUCAACCUGGAGAGAAAAGAUUCGACUGAGUAUAUUGACAAGUUUGAAUUAGCAUUUAAAAGGUUUGAAAAUCAUAAUAGGUUUGAAAAUCAUAAUGCUGAUGCCGUCCUUGUUUUGGAAAUAGUUGGAAUAUUACUCACCUGCAACACAUACACCCCUACUCCCCAGAUUUGGAGUAAUUUACUUUCACAAUUCCAUAAGUUCGAUCUAUUGAACUACGAAUCAUUAGUAUAUCUCUCAUUGCCGCAAUAUAAACACCAACCUACCGUCCUAGCUUCUUCCGAUUCGGUAACUGCCCCAUUAAUGGCUGAUCAUUUUAUUCAUCUCGUCCAUUCAGAUCCAAAUAUUCUAGCAAGUCUCUGUGAAUAUCAAGUCCCCAGAGCGGAUCGACGGAUGCUAGUUGAGCUUCUCAUGUUUCUUCAACUAGAUAAAUUAGUUGAUCAAAUCCGAAAUAUCCGGUUUCCUUUGCUUAUGAAAUCGAAAUCAAACAUCCUGGCUGAGGAACUCCCACCAAGUAUAAAGCUUGAAAAGAAAUUAAGUAUAACAAGAGAAUGCAUGUAUACCAUAAUGAAGGCAUGUCUUUCGCUCCGAAUGUUUGAUUACAUUGAUAUUUUAUUUAAUAAAAUUGUCAUGCAUUCUAGUGACAAUAAUACCAUCGAAUUAAAUCCUUCCGAGAAUCAUGAUAUCAAUGAAGUCUUCAUUGAUGAAGAAUUAUUCAUGAUAUUAUUUGAUCAAAGUGUUCAGACUCGAGAUUUGGGAAGGGUUAUGUGGAUUCUACAGUUCUUGGAUGAAUACAUUGUUACAAAGAGUCCACUGGAAGAUUUCAGAAAGGCAAUUCUUGACUUUUUGAAAGAAUUUGAAAUAGAAGGGAGGGUGGCUCGCUAUCAACAGAUAUUUGAAUCCUCUUGUAAAUAA